AUGUUUUUUAUUUAUUUUCUAAAUUGUUUUCUAAUUGCAUCUGCGCGUGUUUGUGUGCGCCCUCCCCCCCUCUCUCUCUCUCUCUCUCUCUCUAUCUAUCUAUCUAUCUAUCUAUCUCUAUUUGUAUCGAUUUCACCAUAUCGCUGCGGUCGGACCCCAGCACCUGCAGAGGUAUUAUACGGUCCUGGCCUAGAUGUGGUUAAUCUAUUUCUGUGUUGCUAUCUUGAACCGGCUGUAAAUCGGUGUACCACAAGGUCGAGGGACCCGCUCCAUGGCUGUUUAAAUAACACUGGAGGAGGCAACGUCCCCCAUUGUCUUCUAUUUCUACUCUACAUAAAAUUCUUUUUAUCUCAAUUCAAAUCUGCAUUCCGUUCCUCUCCCUCUCUCCCUUUCUCUCUUUCCCUCGCUAUCUAUCUAUCUAUCUAUCUAUCUAUCUAUCUAUCUAUCUAUCUAUCUAUCUAUCUGUCUCUCUCUCCCUCGCUAUCUAUCUAUCUAUCUAUCUAUCUAUCUAUCUAUCUAUCUAUCUAUCUAUCUGCCCGUCUCUCUCUCCCUAUCUAUCUAUCUAUCUAUCUAUCUAUCUAUCUAUCUAUCUCUCCCUCGCUAUCUAUCUAUCUAUCUAUCGCUAUCUAUCUAUCUAUCUAUCUAUCUAUCUAUCUCUCGCUCGCUAUCUAUCUAUCUAUCUAUCUAUCUAUCUAUCUAUCUAUCUAUCUAUCUGCCUGUCUCUCUCUCGCCCUCGCUAUCUAUCUAUCUAUCUAUCUAUCUAUCUGCCUCUCCCUCUCUCUCUCUCUCUCUCUCUCUCUAUCUCUCUCUCCCUCUCUCUUUGCUAACUGA